GUUCGCGCUCCUCGGGCUUGGCGCCUGUGUGAGUUUGCGGCUUCACGUGCACAGUAGCGGUCCAGACGCCGUCGGGGACGCUCGGUGCAAGGCACCGCCACCUCACCAUGUCCGACGAGGGAGACUUUAUUGUUGUAAAUAUGGAUGGCGACAGUGAUAACGACGUCAGUGAUGAUGAUGAGCUGUUAAGUGAAUUUUUUGGAUCAGACGUUAUUCCGGAUACAUCCAGUGAUGGUGACUUGACCGUAGACUCCGAACUUGAAGACUCUGAUGACAGCUUUGAGGAACAAUCCGUACAUGAUACUGAAGAUGAAUAUGGUGAAGACAAUGGAGUUAAUGGAGAUGAUGAAGAUGAAGAUGACAAUGAAGAUGUUGAAGAAAUUAAUCUUCCAGUCAAUUUAAAAAGAUACAAUCCUAGCUCAGUGAAUGUUUCCCCAACAAACAAAAGAAGACGACCAUCUUUUCCAGAUGAUUUUACGCAUUUAGAAGAACUUCUUGAAAGGACAAACAGGCAGAUUACCCAUAUUUAUGACACUGUUUCAAGAAUGCAAGAAGUUUGUGAGAUGUCACAGACAGAGAGAUGUGAAACUUGUGGUGACUCGUUAAAUGAGACAGAGCAGGCAACCCAGGACCAGGACGACCCUGAGGGAACAGUUCCUCAGCCAGAGGAAGAGGCCGAGCCUGAAGAGCUGCUUUCCGACCUUGACAUAGAGCCUGUCGAUGAAGGUGCUCAAGGAAUCGACCAUGCCGCCAUCUUGGCUGAGCAGCCUGCUGUGGAAACACCUCUGGCAUUGCUGCAGCCAGCAGACCCCAUUCUGGCCGGUGACCCGAAUGGGAUGAUUUACCCAGUUGGCGUGGGAGUUGAGAAUAUCAGCGCCAAUGCUGUCCCACCAUUUGUCUACAUCCCUCCCAAUUUGGAAAUGCCAGAAAUCGCAGAAACCGGUGUUGGAAACCACACCCUGACAAUGAACAAUCCAACUUUGGAGGAAAAUCACGAAGAGGAAGACACUUUCAAUCCACCUGUCUUUCACAACUUCAAUAUUCCAGUAAUACCAGAAGCAGCCUUGGAAGAGAACCCCGAGACAGUGAGUUACCCACCCGCAAUGGGAAAUAGCAGUGUCCAGCAAAAUGCAUCUUCAUCUUCUAGGCCCCCAUCUGAUUCCGAGAUUGAAGAAGUUGUACUGGUAGAAAUGCCAAAAAAAACUGAAGUCAUAGUGGAUAACAAUAAAGAGACAGUAUAUUAUCCUGCUUUAUUAGGAAAUAUUGUUCCUCCAGAUCCUGAGACUAUAGCUGCCUCCAUAUCUUCUGAGUCAGUAAUUGAAAAACUUGUACUAAUAGAAGUGCCAGUUCAUCCAGAAAACAUUGUGGAAAACAACCCUGAGACACUGAAUAACCCAAUUAUAUCAGAAAAUGGUGGAAACCAAGAACCUGCUGCUGCAUCAUUUCCUUCAGAAAUUGUAAUAUUGGGCACUGAAGAAAGCACCUCUGAGAUAAUGAAUAACUUAUAUGUAUUUGAAAAUUAUGGUAACCAAAUUGUGCCACGCCCUGUCUCUGUUAAUCCCAGUCUUGGGUAUCUUGGUGAUCCAAGAAGAAACAUCAUGUUACCUAAUUUUCAUUUGAUAAUUGCAAGAGAUAAACCAACUCCCAGUUGUGCAGCCUGCUACUUGGCCAACCUGAUAUUCUCUCAGGAAAUCCUGCUUUUGAACUCAGUUCCUGGCCAUGCUUCACGUAGUAUAUUCAUGGAUCAUAACAAACUUUCUGCAAUAAGAGAAUAUCUCUCGGCAAUUUUCCCAAACUGUGACUUGAGAGAACAAGGAAAAGACUGGGUAGACUGUCUUUCUGCUAUUAGUUUUAUGAUUGAGCGUUUGUAUACUGAAACGGAAAUCCUCACAGAUAGAAUCUUGAGUAUGCCCAUAUCCAAAGCCUGGAAUAUCAGAAGUGGUGAAGAUGAGGAUGAGGGCCCUUCUCAGUGGUUUCAGGAGGUCAGGGAGUCUGUGAUAAGAGAAGGUGGGAAUUUUGAGCAGAAUGCUGGUGCUAACUCUGAAGACACUGAUAAUGCAGCCAUCAUUCCUGAUGAACUAGUAUAUCUCGGAGAUCCAUCUAGAAAUAUACAGAUACCACAUUCAGUACUGAAAACAGCAAAAGCCCUAUUGCGCCCAUAUCUGUCAGCCAAAUACAUCAGUCUCCACUUGUUUCCAGAGGAAACCCUAAUUAGAAGUAAUGUCUAUGGCAGUGUGCAGUGUGGCCUGUAUUCCCUUGAUUCCAAUAGGAUGAAGGCUCUCCAAGAAUUUCUUCAGAACAACUACCCUGAAUAUAAUCUAGAAGAAACUGGAUGCUGUUGGAAAUUGUGUGUGACAGCCAUCAACAGCUGUCUCCAGACUCUUAGACAAAGCCCAAGAAAUGUUAUAGACUAAUAAUACUAACUUCUAGCAGCAACUCCUUCCAUGGAAUUAACCAAACAGUCUGAUGAAACUAACUAAAGCACUUACCCAUCCAUUUUUUCUAAAACAGUAGAUCGUUUUUGUAAGUUUCUGAAAUUGUAUAACCUGUCAUAAUGUCAAAGUUUUGUAUUGACUACAAAAUACUUGACAAAAGAUCUCUUCUGUUUUCAAGAAAUACUUUGUCUCUGGACAAAAUGUGGAGCAGUGUACUGCUGCUUUGAGCCUCCAGUUAGGGGAAUACUAGGAAAUCCUUGAUUGUUUUACAUGGUUAUUUGAAUAUAGACUUAGCACUUAAUGGUGGAAGAAAGUUGAGUAUCAGCAACACACACACGUAAGCACAGAACUAUUGUUAGGACAAUCCACAAUCUACUAAGCAUAAUGUGCAUACAAUAGAAACUUGGUAUUCGCCAAGUGAGUUGACACUUUAGCACUUAGGUAUAAACUGUUGAUUCAGAAAGGAGAUAUCACCUACUUAUAUCUAGAACAUCUAUAGUGAGUGUCUUUCCUACACAUUUUAUACAAUGACAAGAUUGCAGUCACAUUUAUUUGACCUAAGCCUUUCAGAGAGAAAACCUAGAUGCCUUGGUUUACUCCUAAUAAGAGUGGUAUCCUUUAAAUUACCUCUUGAUAACAUUUUAUCACACAAGUUUGCUCAGGUUGAAUGUAGAAUACUACCAAGGGAGUUGGCAUUCCUUUUAGUAAUUAAAAUUUAACAAUGUCUGUGAAUAAUAAGAAUCUGACCAAAUUCAGACACUGAAAUUAUUUUGGUUUCUGAAGUAUCUGGGUAAAGGUUUAAAUAUAUUUCCCAUUUUUCAGAUAUAUUCUACUAGUCAAAUGCACACAAAUUUAAAUCUGAGUGUUGCAUGUAUAUGACAACAUUGGUCAGAAAUUCCGAGAAAAGUGCUCUUAAAGCAAUGGUUCUCAACCUAUGGGUCUUGACCCCUUUUGGGUCAAACGGCCCUUUCACAGGAGUGGCAUAUCAGAUAUCCUGCAUAUUAGAUAUUUAUGUUAUGAUUCGCAGCAAUAGCAAAAUUAUAGUUAUGUAGCAGCAAUGAGAUAAUAUUAUGGUUCAGGUUGACCACACCAUGGGGAACUGUAUUAAAGGAUGGCAGGAUUAGGAAGGUUGAGAACUACUGUCUAAAAGGAUAUUGGCAAAGUGGAAAUUAUCCAUCUUGAUCAUGAAUAAUAUUUUGUUUUUAACAUAAGCCCCUUGGUGUAGAGAAAGUUAUUGAAUGUUUUAGCCACAGAAAUAAUUCCAAUAUUUGAAUAUUUGUGUUUAGGAAAUAUUUUGUUAGUCACAAUGCCACCUUUUAUCUUUAAACAUAUCAAAAAAAUUUUAUAAGCACUUGAAGUAAAUUUUAAACUGCUUACUAAGCAAAUUUUUCUUAUGCAAAAUUUCAAUACAACCCAAAACAUGCAAAAUUUCAGUAUAACCCAAAAUUCUGUCUUACAUAGUUGACCUUGACUAACUUCAGAGUUUUGAUAAAGCAGAGAAAAAAAACACAAUGGAAAUAUGAUACUGUAAUUCAGUUAAAUAGUAUAACUAUUUUGAAGUCUUGUUAUUUAACUUGUGAGAGAUAGUUAUGCUUUUAUGUGACCAAUUUAUAGAACACAUACACACAUAUACGCAUACACAACUUUUUGAAAACUAAAUUCAACUUUGAGUGUUCUAGUAGAAUGCAGUGUGACUUUAUGAGGAUUAUGUAUGAUUAGAUGUUGUGGAUAGCAGUGGUAGAACACAUGUUUAUAUGCACAAGAUUCUAGGUUAAAGCCUGGCACCAAAAGAACAUAAAAAAAAAAAACCUAGAUGUUUUAAGACUGUUCUCUGAAUAAAUAAGUAAACAAAUAAGUAUUUUCUUUUAGCUUAACAAAACUAUAGUGUUUGUGUGUACAUCUUUAUCUUGUAGGUGUGUUUAGAAAGGUUUUAAAAAGUAGAUAGUUUUAAAAACCUUCCAUAUUUGGACAAAAUAAUUUUGACAAGAUUUUUUUUUUUAUUUUUGGUUUUUCAAGACAGGGUUUCUCUGUGUAGCUUUGCGCCUUUCCUGGAGCUCACUUGGUAGCCCAGGCUGGCCUCGAACUCACAGAGAUCCACCUGGCUCUGCCUCCCGAGUGGUGGGAUUAAAGGCGUGUGCCACCAUCGCCCGGCUUGAAAAGAAUUUUUUAGACUUACUCAUCUAAAAUAGUCUCUGGUUUCACCAUUCAGUUUAACCAAUUUCACAAAUAUUGAUGGUUGAGCUAAUACAGAAAUAAAAUCCAUGCUAUAAAUGUACAUCAAAACUUAACAUUGUCCUUCAUAAAUACAUACAUAUUUGGUACUUAAAAAGAAAAGUGAAAUUAUAUACUGGGCAAUAACUAACUUCAAACUGCAUAUACAGAUUUCAAAUUGAAUUUGGCCUUUAAAAAAAUAAACCACAAGAUCAAGAUUUUCUGUUUUCAAGAUGAAUGGUUGUUGCUUACAUAACUUAUUUGGAGAAGCCUGCCAAUGGACAUUUCCACAGGAAUACAAACACAAGUAACAGGUUGUUCAUUGUGGUAAUCACUAGGCCCAUGGAACCAUUGGACACUUGGAAAAUUAGAGGAAUUAAAUCUAAAAUUUGGGUGACUAAAUUUAAAAGUUAUGUAGGCUUAAAUGGCACAUUUGAGAUAUAUUGGCUUUUUAUUUUUUUUAUUUUAUAAUAACAAGGAUUGAAUUUCAAGGCUCAUACAUGCUAGGCAAGUACUUCAUUGCAUUUUAAGUCCCAACAAUGCCCUUUAUUUGUAUAAAGUAUUCAGAAUAGUUC